AUGGCAUCAGCAGGCGCAGAGAGGCAGCCAGGGGCCCAGAAGGGAGCAGCUCUGGGGCUGGCUCAGGUGGUUAAGAGCCCUGAGGUGACUCAGGCUUGAGCCUGUCCAGUGUUGGGAGACCAGUGCCUGGUGCCAGGACAUGAGGCCUGCAGGACCCCGGGUCAAGACGAGUGUCCAAAUGGAUGUAGCUAUGAGCCAGAGCUUCAGGAGGAAGGACCCAAGCUGGAAGAAGAGGGGCUGGAUCCAGAAGUGGAGGCACGAGAGGAGAGAGGCCCCAGACCUAUGGCCUUCAUUGUGAGGCCCAGCCAGAGACCAAAGAGGAAGCCCUUCAAGAGCCAGAAGCUGAAAGCUGUCUCCUCAGGCCUCCCAGGGCUUAGCCACCAUGCCCAUCCUAGGACCGAAGCUGAGCUACCACCAGGUUUGCUGAUGCAGAGGGAGGAGCCAGAGGGCAGCCAGAGUGAGCCUUCACCAUCUGCCAAACAGCACAAAAAAGCCAAGAAGCGAAAGAGUCUGGGGGCUCCUAUGGUCCCAGCUGUGGCCAGCACAGCAUCUACACCCCCAGAAACAUUGGGGCUGGAGUGAAAGACCCAUCGCCUGCGGCCACUCUACCAAUACAUCAACUAUUGCAACCCUGAGUUGAACCUGGCAGAGGAGGAGGACAGGGAGGCAGAGAUGGAGCCUGAGUCAGAGAUGGCCCUGGUUCCUGAAGAGGCAGGGGUGGAGCAGCUACAGGCCUUGCUGCCCAUGGCAGGUGAGCUGGGCUUAGGCCUCACUUUGCAGUGCCCCAGUGUGUUAGUGACCCCCACCCAUGCUCUUGCUUCCUCCCUGGGAGAGGAGGCUGGAGAGGAGGCUGGGUUUUUUUCCAGCCUGAGGGUGAGUGGCAGCUUCAAGGCUGAGAUGGAUAAGUCAACCCAGGUGGACAUUGACAAGAUGCUGAGUGUCUGCACUGCUCCCCUGGUGCCUCCACUCUCCCCUCAGUACAAGUGACCGUCUGCCUUUGGAGCCUCCUCCCAUGCCUGAACCAGGGCUGUAGCCUGUUGGACCAGGCCAUU